AUGGCUACCAAACUCCAGGACCACAUCGAUGCCCUCCACUCCCUGCCACUGGCAGAGGCUAUUCGUGCAAUCGCCGAUCUGAUGCCCGGUCUAACAAGUGUCCCUCCUCCAGAGGCAGGCUACUUCGUCCAACACCCCGAUUACGAAGGAAUAGGCAAUCUAAACAACAUCGGCGGUCUCUGGUUAAGACUCGGAUCGCAAUGUCACGAUGACCACGCGCCCCUUGAUGUGCGCCUUGUUCAUCAGUCACUUGAUCGCCCGAUUUACGAUAUUUAUUGCUCUAGCGACGAGAUGUUAGGCAAGGCACUCGAUGAGAAGACGGUGUCAUAUCCUGUUCCCAAUGAGGAUGCUGGUUGUGCAUGUUGCAGGGGCGAGCCGAGUGCGACUAUUCUGUGCAAUUUCCAUGAACGUGAGGCUCUGUAUUUCACCCCUGAGGAAUACACUGAGCUGUGGGGAGAUCAGCCCAAUCAUGGAUCGCGCCAUAGUGGCUGGAAAGAAGGUGAAGGAUAUACCGAGCACCGAAUAUGUGCGAGCAGGGAGCAGGUUGAGGAGGCUUUGGCACGAACCUCGGGCGAUGGGGUUGGCGUUCAGCGUAUGACCUAA